CUAUGGGAAAGACAGAAAGGUUUGUCAUCGGAACGAAAUUAGAUAAAAAUUGCAAGAAUUCCGUGAAGGAUACGCGUGUGUAAAUAUUAUCGAAAUAAUAUAAUAGCUUGGACUUUAUUUCUGUGAAUAGUGACUUGUGAGUGGUUUAUUCUGAGUUGUAUGGUGCAAGUUUGAGUGAUAAACAAAUAUGAGUAAUUCGGAAAGAAACCCAAAAACUUCGCCUAUUACGGAGGAUUAUGAAAUAUCUAACACCGUCCUGGGACUCGGGAUAAACGGGAAAGUAGUAGAAUGCAAAGAGAAGCGCACGGGCACCCGGCGAGCACUAAAAGUGCUACACGACAGUCCGAAGGCACGACGCGAGGUGGAGCUGCACUGGAGGGCCAGCGGCUGCAUACAUAUUGUUGAGAUAAUAGACGUUUACGACAAUACAUACGGCGGCAAGCGAUGCCUGCUGGUGGUGAUGGAGUGUAUGGAUGGUGGUGAGCUGUUCCAGAGGAUACAAGACAACAGAGAUGGAGCCUUCACCGAGCGACAGGCCGCUGAGAUAAUGCACUCGAUAUGCGUAGCAGUGAAACACCUCCACGACUACAACAUUGCGCACCGGGACAUCAAACCUGAGAACUUGUUGUACACAAGCACACAGCCCAACGCUGUGCUCAAACUGACUGACUUCGGGUUCGCCAAGGAGACCCUGAACGUAGCUGACACACUGCAGACUCCCUGUUACACGCCCUACUACGUGGCGCCCGAGGUGUUAGGUCCGGAGAAGUAUGAUAAAUCCUGCGACAUCUGGUCGUUAGGUGUGGUGAUGUACAUUCUGCUGUGUGGGUUCCCGCCCUUCUAUUCCAACCACGGGCUCGCCAUAUCGCCGGGAAUGAAGAAGCGCAUACGACUCGGCCAAUACGACUUCCCGGAGCCAGAGUGGUCCAACGUGUCCGCUGAAGCCAAGAACCUUAUCCGCGGCAUGCUCUCCGUAGACCCGGCGAAACGGCUCACAAUACACCAGGUGAUGUCCAGCCCGUGGGUCCGGCAGUACACGCAGGUCCCGCAGACGCCCCUGUACACGCACACGGUGCUGCGCGAGUCUGGUGACGCGUGGGUGGAUGUCCAGGAGGAGAUGACGCGCUCACUCGCGACCAUGCGGGUUGACUAUGACCAGGUCCAGAUCAAAGCUCUCGAGCAGAGCAAUAACUCGCUCCUCAACAAACGACGGAACAAAGUGGGCGCCUGAAGUUGACACCACUAACUUAGGAUACCAUGCAUUCAUUAGCCUAUACACGUCCCUUCUGGGCACAGGCCUCCCCUCAAUCAACCGGAGGGGGUAUGGAAGUUUAACUUAGGAUAAGAUCUACUUAUUUCUUACUUACUUAAAAAUAUAAUGGUGCCGAUUCGGAUACACUUACGUCUUGCCCCGCGUUAUAGAAUAAAGAACUUCCCCCCGCACCAAUUCGUAUCGGGCGCCGACUUCACCCCCUCUGGGUCUUACUUUAGUUUUGAAUCGCCGUAAGCGGGUAAGGAGUCACCGCGCGGACUAUGUCUCGCUAAUGGUGCUAAUUCCUAUACACACCAUCUAAUUUUAUUUUAAGUUAUACCUGUCUUUUUCUUAUCCGCCGAAAAGGAAAGGGACGGGUGAUCGACAAGUGUAAAUUUAUGGAACAUACAUAACAAAUACUUUAUUGCACAAACAGGAAAAAACAAAAUACAAAACAAAAGAGAAAUAGAAUUGACAUGCGUCAAUUUUAAACACAAAACUGAAACAACCCUGUAAAAAUGUACAUUGCCCAAUAACCCGACAGAAUUAAGUUGACAGCACACGUCAAACGAUCUGCAUACCAGCGAGACUGUUCAUUUAUUUACUCAUUCGUAAAAUGAACAGCUGUCAAUCAUCCGUCCCUUUCCUUUUCGGCGGAUAAGAAAAUGACGGGUAUAACUUAAAGUAAAAUUAGGAGGUGUCUGCAGGAAUAGGAGCCAAUAUUUAUGUAUAUAACAAUUAAUAUUUAACUAUACUUUGGUGUAGGGAUGUCUUAAGAUAAAUACAGGGUGUUAGUGACAUCGUAACGAAAACUUUGAGGGAUGAUUCAGACCAUGUUUCCGAGUUGAUAUCAAGUGGAAUUUUCCGUCGCAAAAUAAUUAUCAUAAUUUUUUUUUAGUUUUUUGCCCUUCAGUAUUCGUUACGAUGUCACUAACACCCUGUAUAGUCAAAAUAUACAAUUGCAUUUCAAUUAAGUAUCAUAAUAUGUUAAUUAUUGACAAUAUAUUACGAGGGAAAACAAGCUUGCUAGUACUAUCGCUCAAUAAAAAACAAUAAUGUAGUUAUCAAAUCAUAACCACCAAAUGUUGAUGAGGUAGGUCGUUAACCUCACAAUCCAAAUGAGUUAACAAUCAAUCGAAUCUGAAACCACGAAGACAAUAAAAAAAGUAUUACCGUAAUUAUUAAUAAACUUACUUUAAUAUUAUUGUUAAAAACUAUUAUUAGAGCUUAAAAAAAUUUGCCACUCGUUUUCCAAAUUGACCAGAUAGCGAAUCGAACCCGGACCGCCUAGAUCGGCGGUCAAAGGCGGUUAAAAAGGCCACAUCCGAAGCAAUUCAUCUAAAAAAGCAAUAUUGCUAUUUGACAUUUGUGUGCACUGCGCACUUACUUUUAUAUGCGCAAAUGUUAAAUUGCAAUAUUGCUUUUUUAGAUAAAUUGCUUCGGAUGUGGUCUUUUUAAGCCCCGAGGUGUCUAAACAUUGCACCAUAGAAUUUGUUAAAUUAAUUACACAUAAGUACAAAAAGUACGUCUAAAUAUGCUAUUUUCAUAACAUUUAUAUUAUAUAACUUUAGUUCCUUCAUAGGUCAGUAUAACAUAACAUAAGCUCGACUAUAUCCCAAUGGGGGUAGUCAGGGGUACAUCCAAGAUGGACUAAGUAGGUACCCACACGUCACCGAGCUUUCUGUUAAUUCAAAUUCAAAAAUAUCUUUAUUCAGUAGGUAACAUAUUUACACUUUGAAUCGUCAAUAUUUACAUAACGAACGUCUCAUCCGCCUAAAACUACUGCAGCUUCUCACGACCUGUAUAGCCGGGGAAAAGAAGCUGCAAGAAAAACCUCGGCACAGGGCCCUAGACGUUCUUUAAAAAAAUAUAUAUAUAUUUUUAUACAAUUGAGUAAUUUAGCUGCCUAAUAUCAGUUCUCAGACAGUUAAUCCCAUGCAUUCAUAUCUUCUAGUUAGACAAACGUGAUAGGUGGUUAGCCGUAUCGCCGUCUAUAACGCAAGAACUAUACAGAAUGUUAGUGACACCGUAACGAACACUGAGGGGGAUGUUUCAGCUCAUUAUUCUGACUUCUUCUAUCGUGUGAGUUGUGAAGUGGAUUACCAACCCCAUCAACCCUGGUGUUCGGGUUAGUAUUGAGCCGCCAAAGGCCCCCGACAUGGCUCAUGUAACGAGUACUUACACCAGUAAGUAGUAACCGGGACCAACGGCUUAUCAAGCAGAAUUUUCC